AUGGCAUACAACGAACGACCUUUGAGUUAUCUGCCAACGAUAAAAUGUUCCAUGUGCGCGAAAGAUAUCGAGAUCUUCCACAUGGGAGAUCAUGUCUGUGGAAGCCCUGAACCAGCACGAGAAAUGCCACGAGAAUUGCCGCGAGAAGUGCCACCAGGGCCAGAUGUACCACAUUCACCGACGAAAGGAUCGACGCCUCCUCCAGAAUCUCAUGGCAUCUUUGACCGAAUGUCAUCCAAGCAGAAUGCGAAAGAUGGCGCGAGAUAUCUGAAGCCGGGGCGCGCAUUACCGCCGAAAGUAGAUACUCAUGCAGCCAACCGUCAAUAUUAUAGGCACGACGAGUUGACACCAGUCAGCACAUCGCCAUCUCCAGGUGCCUCGCCCAUGUCACCCGGUGAUGGCCAAAGAGCACCGUUCGGAUCCUACCACGGCUUGCGAAGUACAACUUUAACUAUACCGAGAGCAUCGCCAUCACCCGAAUCCCUUUCGUCCAACAUGGAUUCUUCGUUUUCUCCUUUCAGAAGUCCGGCGUUGGUAUCGCCGAGAAAUGAAAAAAGUGGUGGAAGCAGUGGAAAGGGUACUCCAGACAGCAUUUAUGCGCCUGUCAGUCCAAGGACGGUGACUGUUGGUGGUCUUCUUCAGAGGAUGGAUACUAUCGCCCCGGGUCCGUUUGACGGGCGAAUACCGAGUAGCCCAGGCUACAGGGAAAAUGGAACUGCUGGGAGUUUGGCAGAUAUUACACUGUCCAAUAAGAUUUAUACAGUGGGAGAAAGUGUAGCACAUCCGUCUGCAACUGGAGGACCUGGAGGUCAUUCUCGGACCUCCACGAAUGACACGCAUAGCUCGCAUGGUUCGAGAUCCGGCAUCGUGGCCCCCAGACAACCAAGAAAGAAAGGAUAUGGUGGCUUCGGUGCACCACUCGGGGAUGAUGGCCAGAGAGAGCCUCUCACCCACGAGAACAGAUCUCAGGCGUUCCCCCCACGGAAUGACAGCCAAGACGAGCUCUUCAGAGGACCUUCGGACCCGCGAUCGCACCACCCCUCGAAUGAUGGCGGGCGACCAGGCCCGCCCGCGACGACAAUGAAGAAGCCUUCCAUGUCGGGCCCGGAUCGCUCAAGAGCUCCACCGCCACAAGGAGUAAGUCUGAUCAGGCCUCGACAAGACUCCAGACUAGGCGAUAAACCUCUUGCACCAUCAAACCUCAAUCUAGCCGCAGAAUUUGGCAUCAACAACCCAUACCACACGUCAAACGAGUCUUCGUCAUCGAAUAGUUCCGGCUACAGCGACCUUAGCAAAGCAAGCUCCCACUCGAGUCCACCGCGAUCCGUACGCCGGCAGCCAGCUGAUGGUCUAAAAAUGGAUCACCUGAUAGCCGACUUGGAGAAUUCAAUAUCUGAUCUGGAACCAAAGAACUUGCCCAACCUUCCGCCUUCGCCCUCGAGGAAUAUAAGGACAAUUCCUAACAAAACAAAAGAUAGGCCGGGUAACUUGUCGCCGUCUAUGCUCAUGGACCUGGCAAUCCAACAAGGAAAAGGCCGUCUCUCUCCGGCGCCACUCACAAAACGUCUUCCGUCACCCUUUGAAGUCCGACCUGGGGAGCCCGCAAUUCCACGACCCUCCACAUCAAAUACCAAUCGUUCUCUCUCCCCAGCACCGCUGACUCAAAGACGUCCAUCGUCACCUGAUAGAAGCCGACCCCAAGAGUCUAAUUUUCAUCAGUUCUCAACGGCAAAUACCAAUCGUUCUCUCUCCCCAGCACCACUAGCCCAAAGACGCCCCCCCUCGCCGUUUGGGCAUCCUCACCAACGACCUUCAACAGCAAACAGCAGUGGCUCCUUGCCAUCUGCACAUCCUGAUACGGGUAAGCGUCCAGCCAGCUCGAAGGGUAACUGCAAAGGCUGCAGUCUCCCCAUCAAGGGCAGAUCCGUCUCAUCAGCCGAUGGCCGCCUCACAGGCCGCUACCACAAACACUGCUUCGUCUGCGCCACCUGCUUCGAGCCCUUCCAAACUGCUACAUUCUACGUGAUCGAUGAUGCGCCCUAUUGCGAGCGCCACUACCACAAGCUCAACGGCAGCGUUUGCAAAUCCUGUGACCGCGGUAUCGAAGGACAGUACCUGGAAAGCGAGAGAAGAGAGAAGUUCCAUCCGAGUUGUCUGACAUGUGCGGACUGCAGGCGAAGUCUAAAGAACGAUUAUUUUGAGAUUAAUGGCAGAGCAUUUUGCGAAAAGGAUGCUUUCAGGAGGGCACAGCAGGGAAGGUCGCUGGGCCCUGGGGGAAGAUGGGGAGAAACGAACAGGAUGGAGAGGAGGACGACCAGGUUGAUGAUGAUGUGA